AUGACCGUGAAAAUGAAAGAGAAAGUUGCAGGAGCAAGGGUUCGUGGAUCUGGCGGUCAUUGGCGGUUCAGGUGUUGGAGUCGUUGGUGGCAGAUGGGGGCUGUGUUGGGCGGCGGCAUCAUGGUGGCAGCGGCGGUGGCGAUUGGGGCACAUGGUGGCUUUUGGGUCAGCAACAGGGAGGCGGCAGUGAUGGAUCGGCAACAAGGGGGCAGCGAUGUAACGGAGCAAGGCGGCAGCAGUGCAAUGUGGAGGCAACGAGGGUGGUUUCUCAGGCGGCAGCUCUCUCGUCAUGGCAGCAUGGCGGCAGCAUUUCAGCUGCGCACAGCAGCGACAACAGAUCGACUGGCAUGGGAGGGGCUUCUUUGCCGCUUUGGGGCAGCAAUAGGGGCUGGUUCUCAGGGUUCCGAUAGCGGUGAUGGAGCGUCUUCAUUGUUUGGCGGCUGUUUUGGGUGCCUUUGGCAGAUUGGGUGGGUUUUUUCUGGCUGGUUUACGGCUCAGGCAAUGGGGAGAGGAAACCUCUGGAGCAUUUCUUGGGGGCUGUGGACGAAGUUUCAGCUAAGGGUAUUGCUUCCAUUGCUCAAAAGCUUAUUUCUUCCCCCCUUACGAUGGCAUCUCACGGAGACGAUAGUUACCUGUUUCACAAGUUUUGUGACUAGUAUCCUCAGUAUUUUUUGGUGGAACUUUUCCCUAACUCAACGUUUUGAAUCUAAAUUUCAGCUACUCUUAAUUGAAUAA